UAUAAGCGAAUUAUGUAUGAAUACAAAAGGAGGUUCUAGAACCUACUUCGUAAAUUAUGGAGGGGAAAAAUUCAUCGAAAUGUUAAGGAAAAUUACUUCAUCUUUAAUUCAUCUUCAAUCUGAUAUGCUUCGGGAGCCCUGAAUCUUCUAGUCCGUCAUUGCCGGGUGAUUUUCGCUUCUAAGAGAAAGAGGGGGUUUGUAAAUACCCGUCAGCUGACCAGGGUAUCUCAAGAAAGGCGACAUUGGAGUGAUUGAAGUGAUUGGAGUACACUGGAAUUCUAUCCCAAGCCACGAUAGUGAAUUCAUCGUGGAGGCGGGUUCGGACGCGGUUUAAUCUGAUACGCCGCGUAUCCCGACGUAGCCAAGCGAUACAGCACGGACGAGAAGCGGAUACGUAGUGGGGGAUACUGAUAGAUGCCCGUCAGCUGACGAGGAUGCCUCGGAGAUGCCUCGCGGUUAGUAGCGAGCGACGACGACGACGACGACGCGGAGGAGGUGGAGGUGGAGGAGAAGCGUAGGCGUCCAGGGGUUGUUCGGGCCCCGCGGCCAGCGUGGGUGAUCGGUGAUCGAGAACUCAAGGAUGUUCUGCGCGGAGGGCUCGUCGUCGAAGGGCAGCUUCCUGCAGCAGAAGAAGGCAGCACGCGAGGAUCGGGCGCAUGAAAAGCGCAGAGAAGCCGCGGCUACUCUGAUUCAGGCUCACGUUCGAGCCUGGCUCGCUCGUGUUCGGUUCACCAAACGGAUACUAGAAGAGUUUGAUAAUAAUUUCCUUGAUGACCCCAACGUCGACAAUGCAACAGUGGAGUUAAAACCUGCUCUGGAGGUGUAUAGAACUAUUUCUAGAUUUUUGAUAAUUUAUAAGAAAGAAAGGGAUCAAGAAAGAAUAGAAAGAGUGUGUAGAUACCUUGUCCUGACUCUCGAUUCCGAGUCUCCAAAGAUAUCUUACGUUGGAGUGGCGUUCCAUAAGGAUCACUACAUAUCAUGGAUAUCGCAAAUGAAGACAAUUUUAUACCACUGUCUCUCUGGCUUGGACAGCCUGAAGCCGGAGAGGGUAUCGGACCACAAAUCCAUACUUCUGCGACUGCACACUCUGGUGAGUUUUACAUCGCCUGGAACGUGGGCAAUACAGAAGGUGAAGGGUAUGGACCAGCUAAAGACUGGCAUGAGUCAGCUGUGCGCAAAUAUAAUGGGCCACCUAGUUAACAAUGGAUUUUAUGCUACUAUGCAGGCUCUCUUAAUGAAGGGACUGGGUAGAGCGAAAAUCGCUUUGAAACCAGUUACACUUUCAGCAGCAGUUACUCUGACACUGAGACCACUGAUCUCUUCGCAAAUGUCUGACAAACUGGUAUCUCUAUUUCUAAUUAACAUCUUUAGCGUACCAGCUCUGGUCUAUCACCUGAAUAUCUUGUCACCAGAGUGCAUUUCAUCGUUUAUAACGAAUAAUCUGUUUGCGAGAAGUUUGGAGUUGCUAAAUUCCGAGCAGAAUUUAAGGAUUGUCUUUAAUGCUCUGGAGGGCAGUUACGCGCUUUGUUUGCUUGCUAAUUUGAUACAAUUGGCGAACAUCGAAAGGGAAGAAGUAUUGAGAGAGCUGUGCUUUCCUUCUUUUACGUUCGUUGUGACAAGAAUGCUGGAAGCAUGUCAACAAUACGUAGUCGCCAAACGGAGUAAUUUGACACAUUGGCAUCCAGUAUUAGGCUGGUUUGCACAGACAAUCGACACCUCCUUGCAGGACGCGACUCCUUCGGUAAAAUUGCAACUUGCCUGUCUUUGGACGGGCAGGAUCGUUACGCAUUUAGUUGAACAGCCACUAAUCGAAUUCGUCGAAAAGGAGGUACCGCCUCCGGUAGAGCAGCAAAGUACCUCUUCCAUAGGCGCCAAUAUUUUCCGGCGGGCAUUUCUUGAGGCUCGAACUAAUAGGAACAACAGCACUAAGAACUACAGAAAGCUAGGCAGUCCGGAAGCUACCAAGAUAGCUCUGAUCUGUUCUCUAUAUCAAACUACGUUGCAUACGCUCACACAGAUGAAGAUAGAGAUAUUAACGGGAUUAUGCUAUCAAGGCAAAAUUCUUUAUCACAUGUGGCUGUUUUUGACCACCCUGGGACCGCACUGUGGUCUAAAAGCGUUUCUAGAUCUCUUGGCGGCUAACACUAAAUGCACAGCACCUGAGUUCCAAAUGCUGAUACUGUUCGCCGAUUGUAUGACGCACUAUGUUACCAUCUUAGACGAUAUGGAAAUGUACGAACAUCAAGAUCCCUUCAAGCUCACGGACUUCAUUACUAUGUCAUAUUUUUUAAAUCAAUUUUUGUACAAAGCGGUUCUCACUAAUUUAUUUGAUGUGAAGUCGGUAUCCAACAAUCCUUUGUUUAUCUCACUUUACAUUCUUUUAAUGGCAAUAUAUCGACGUGAUUGCCGUAGAACGUUCUGCCCGGAAGGUCACUGGUUAGCCAAGGAAGUACGAGUGUCUGGCUUCUUGGCUGAUUUGGAAAAGGGACGACGCGGCGCAGCACUUUUACUCUCAAAAAUGCCUCACGUCAUUCCCCAUUCCGAGCGAGUCGUAUUAUUUCGCAAGCACAUAGCCGAUGAGAAAGCAGUGAUGGGUUUGACCGAGAGCGCUUGCAACAGUCCACCUACUACUCUCAUUGUUGUGCACAGAACGCGGAUAGUUGAGGAUGGAUACAGACAAUUGGCCAUGUUGCCAUCACAAGCUCUGAAAGGUGUGAUUAGGGUACGUUUUGUAAACGAACAAGGUUUAGCUGAAGCCGGUAUCGAUCAAGACGGAGUUUUUAAGGAAUUCUUGGAAGAGACAAUAAAACGAGUAUUCGAUCCAUCUUUGAAUUUAUUUAAAGCUACCAGCGAAAACCGGCUCUAUCCGUCUCCCACAUCUUUCAUGCAAGACAAUCACUUGCAACUAUUCGAAUUCGUCGGACGGAUGCUUGGUAAAGCGGUUUAUGAGGGUAUCGUCGUAGACGUGCCUUUUGCGUCAUUCUUUGUCUCGCAAUUUUCCGGGCAAACAGGCGGUGCGUUGUACAGCUGGUUGGACGAGCUUGCUUCACUAGAUCGCGAUCUCUACCGUAGCCUGACUUUAGUAAAGCAUUACAAAGGCGAUAUUCGUGAGCUGGAGUUGACGUUCUCUCUCGAUGAGGACGUGCUCGGCAAGCUGGUCACGCACGAGCUGAUCACUGGUGGGCGCACCACCGCCGUGACCAAUCAGAACAAGAUUCAAUAUAUCCACCACAUGGCGCACUAUAGAAUGUAUCAUCAGAUCAAGGAGCAAACGACCGCCUUCAUCAAGGGGUUCCGCUCGAUCAUUAAUCCCGAGUGGCUGUCGUUGUUCUCAACGCCCGAGUUACAGAGAUUGAUCUCGGGUGAUAACGUACCUUUGGAUCUGCGAGAUUUACGGAGGCAUACACAAUAUUAUGGAGGAUUUCACGACAGUCAUCGAGUAGUGUGCUGGUUGUGGGAUAUCUUAGAGAAGGAUUUUACGGAAGAAGAAAGAGGCUUGUUCUUAAAGUUUGUGACGAGUUGCUCGAAGUCACCUCUGCUGGGUUUCGCUCACCUGGAGCCACCUUUUUCCAUACGAUGCGUGGAAGUUUGCGAUGACGAGGACACUGGCGACACUAUUGGCAGCGUUAUUAGAGGUUUCUUUACGAUUCGCAAGAAGGAUCCACAAAAUCGACUGCCCACUUCGUCAACGUGCUUCAACUUGCUCAAGUUGCCGAAUUAUCAGAAAAAGAGCACGUUGCGAGAGAAACUGCGUUACGCUGUCACCAGCAAUACCGGUUUCGAACUCUCUUAAGUGUUGCCGAUUACGCAUUUUUACUUUCAAAAAA